UUCCCUGGCCUCUCUGCUCUCUGCGCUCAUUCUCAAUCCGUCGUUGUUCGUCGUUGUGUGCCUGAACGGUCGUAAUAACAUAAUUUGCUUGGGUCCGGUGUGGCAUCGGUGUGGUGUUUUAACUGUGGUGUUGUGAGCUUAGCGUGGUAUUAUUUUUUGAUGAAAUCAGAAUCACACUUUGUGGAUAUAUAGUUUUGUUUUAAAUUAGUGUUUAUUGUGAGUCACGUUAGUAAUAAAGCGUUGUAAACAAUUAUGGAAUUGUUGCAGGGCGGUAACCCCGGAGCGCUGCAGCCGCCGCUGCCCCCCGGCAUGAUGGCGCCGCCCGCCGCGCCCGGCAUGGCCAUGCCCGGCCUGGCGGGGCUACCCGGGCUGGCCGGGAUACCUGGGUUGGCGGCCGGUUUACCCGGGCUGGCAGCCAGCCUGCCCGCCGGCCUACCCGGCCUGCCUGGCGGACUGCCCGGUGGCUUCCCUUCGGCGCCCAUCUACGACUUGCAGCAGGUCGGAGAUGUGUUCACAGGUCCGGGGGCGAAGUGCUCGACGCUGCCCGCCAUACUGGGCGGCUCGCUGCCGCGGCUGUCGUCGGAGCAGGCCGAGGCGGUGGCGCGCGCCAAGAAGUACGCCAUGGAGCAGAGCAUCAAGAUGGUGCUGAUGAAGCAAACCCUGGCGCACCAACAACAACAGAUGGCGUCGCAGCGGACGCAGGUCCAGAGGCAACAGGCGCUCGCACUCAUGUGCAGAGUAUAUGUGGGCUCGAUAUCAUUUGAGUUGAAGGAGGACACGAUACGGCAGGCAUUCCUUCCGUUCGGGCCGAUCAAGUCGAUCAACAUGUCGUGGGACCCUGUCACACAGAAGCACAAAGGUUUCGCCUUCGUCGAGUACGAGAUCCCCGAAGCGGCGCAGCUCAGCCUCGAACAGAUGAACGGAGUCAUGCUGGGCGGCAGGAACAUCAAGGUAGUGGGGCGGCCGUCCAACAUGCCGCAGGCGCAAGCUGUCAUCGACGAGAUCCAGGAGGAAGCCAAACAAUACAACCGCAUCUAUGUCGCAUCCAUCCACCCGGAGCUCACUGAAGAUGAUAUUAAAAAUGUUUUCGAAGCUUUCGGGCCGAUCACAUAUUGCAAACUGGCGUACGGCGCGUCCGCGCACAAGCACAAAGGGUACGGGUUCAUAGAGUACGCCACUCUGCCCGCCGCGCUCGAGGCCAUCGCGUCCAUGAACCUGUUCGACCUCGGCGGACAAUAUCUCCGCGUGGGCCGCGCCAUCACUCCGCCCAACGCGCUGGCCGGGCCGCCGCAGCCGUCCGCCAUGCCCACGGCGGCGCGCGAGGCGAGCCAGGCGGCGCGCGAGGCGAGCCAGGCGGCGGCGCGCGAGGCGGGCCAGCAGGCGGCGCUGCAGCGCAAGUUGCUGGACUCGUCGCCCGACACGCUGCAGCAGCAGGAGUCGCUGAGUAUCUCGGGCCAGUCGGCGCGCCACCUCGUCAUGCAGCGCCUCAUGCGGCGCCGCGCCAGUCGCACCGUCCUGCUCAGCAACAUGGUGGAGGCCGAGGAGGUCGACGAGGCCCUGCACCACGAGAUACAGGAAGAGUGCUCCAAGUGGGGCCGGGUCGAGAGGCUCGUCAUAUACAACGAGAGCCAGAACGAGGACGACGACCCCGCGCACGCCAACGUCAAGAUCUUCGUACAGUUCGCCGAGCCCGACGAGGCCAUCGCGGCGGCGGGCGCGCUGAACGGGCGCUACUUCGGCGGGCGCACGGUCCGCGCCGCGCUGUACGACCAGGACUUGUUCGACCACGGGGACCUCUCCGGCUAGCUACACCCGCCUCGCUAGCGCGGGGGCUUAUACAUAACUUCUAAUGUGAUAAUUCUUUCGAUUAAAUACUGCUCAUUCGUA